AUGGUGGCCUCAGGGAUCCUUCUGGUGGCUUUGCUCACCUGCUUGACAGUAAUGGUCUUGAUGUCUGUCAGGAGGCAGUGGAAGCUCUUGGAGAAGCUCCCUCCAGGACCUACUCCAUUGCCCUUCAUCGGGAACUAUCUGCAGCUGAACAUACAGCAGAUGUCUGAUUCCUUCAUGAAGAUCAGCAAACGCUAUGGCCCUGUGUUCACCAUCCACCUGGGGCCUAGGCGCGUCGUGGUACUGUGUGGAUACGAGGCGGUGAAGGAAGCUCUGGUGGACCAGGCUGAAGAAUUCAGUGGGCGAGGCGCACAGGCCACCUUUGACACUCUCUUCAAAGGCUAUGGGGUGACGUUUAGCAAUGGGGAGCGGGCCAAGCAGCUCAGGCGCUUCUCCAUCACCACCCUGCGGGACUUUGGAGUGGGAAAGCGCGGCAUUGAAGAGCGCAUUCAGGAGGAGGCAGGCUUCCUCAUUGAGGCCCUCCAGGGCACACGAGGUGCCUUCAUCGAUCCCACCUUCUUCCUGAGCCGAACAGUGUCCAAUGUCAUCAGCUCCAUUGUUUUUGGGGAUCGCUUUGACUAUGAGGACAAAGAGUUCCUGUCACUGCUGCGUAUGAUGCUGGGGAGCUUCCAGUUCACAGCUACAUCUAUGGGGCAGCUCUGUGAAAUGUUCCAUUCAGUGAUAAAAUACCUGCCAGGGCCACAGCAACAGGCAAUUAAGGAGCUGCAGGGUCUGGAAGACUUCAUAACCAAGAAGGUGGAGCAGAACCAACGCACACUAGACCCCAACUCUCCUCGAGACUUCAUUGACUCCUUCCUCAUCCGCAUGCAGGAGGAGCAGAACAACCCCAACACGGAGUUUCACUUGAAGAACCUGGUGUUGACCACACUGAACCUCUUCUUUGCGGGCACUGAGACAGUCAGUACAACUCUGCGGUAUGGCUUCCUGCUGCUCAUGAAGCACCCAGAUGUGGAGGCCAAAGUCCAUGAGGAGAUUGAUCGGGUGAUUGGUAAGAACCGUCAGCCCAAGUUUGAGGACAGGGCCAAGAUGCCCUACACAGAGGCAGUGAUCCAUGAGAUCCAAAGAUUUGGAGACAUAAUCCCUUUGAGUCUGGCCCGCAGAGUCAUCAAGGACACCAAGUUUCGGGAGUUUCUCCUCCCCAAGGGCACUGAAGUGUUCCCUAUGCUGGGCUCUGUGCUGAGAGAUGCCAAGUUCUUCUCCAACCCCCAAGACUUCCACCCUCAGCACUUCCUGGAUGAGAAGGGGCAGUUUAAGAAGAGUGAUGCUUUUGUGCCCUUCUCCAUUGGAAAGCGAUACUGUUUUGGAGAAGGCCUGGCUAGGAUGGAGCUCUUUCUCUUCCUCACCACCAUCUUGCAGAACUUCCACUUCAAGUCCCCGCAGCUGCCCCAAGACAUCGACGUGUCCCCCAAGCUCGUGGGCUUAGCCACCAUCCCACGAAAUUACACCAUGAGCUUCCAGCCCCGCUGA